UACAACAACCACCUAAUCGCAAGCAAUCAACAACAUGUGGCUCGUCGACUGGUUCUGGGAUGUCCUUGCCAACCUUGGCUUGAUGAACAAGCACGCCAAACUGCUGUUCUUGGGUCUCGACAAUGCUGGAAAGACCACGCUUCUUCACAUGCUCAAGAACGACAGAGUCGCCGUCUUGAACCCCACUCUUCACCCUACCUCCGAGGAGCUGAGCAUCGGCAACGUCCGCUUCACUACCUUUGACUUGGGCGGUCACCAGCAGGCAAGACGUUUGUGGAAGGACUACUUCCCCGAGGUUUCCGGCAUUGUUUUCCUUGUCGACGCCAAGGACCCCGAACGUUUCACCGAGAGCAAGGCUGAGCUCGACGCUCUCCUUUCCAUGGAGGACCUCUCCAAGACUCCCUUCCUGAUCCUCGGAAACAAGAUUGACCACCCCAGCGCUGUCAGCGAGGACCAACUCCGACACGAGCUUGGUCUCUUCCAGACCACCGGCAAGGGCAAGAUCCCUCUUGAGGGCAUCCGUCCCAUCGAGGUCUUCAUGUGCAGUGUUGUCAUGAGACAGGGCUACGGCGAGGGUAUCCGCUGGUUGUCGCAAUACGUCUAAGCGAACGGCAUUGCUUCACCAACACGGCUUUGGCAUAACAGAGCCAUCGGCGCAAUCUUCGUCCUCCACUUUUGAUGACUUGAAACAUCUCCAAAACGCUCGUCUUUACGAGAAUCAUGGGGAUGGAGGACGAUGGGAUGAAGGAAAGAAACACCAGAGUCUCAUUUGCGCACUCAAAACAUGCAACCAUGGUAGUGUUUCUUUCUGAUUUUGUUAUUUCGUGGAGGCGUCAAAGAGUGGUCCCUCAAGUCUGCUUUUCUUAUAAACUCCUUACUUAUUUCGACCAUGAAUCGAUGCAGCGUGUUCUUUCUGAG